GGUCUCGGGUCAGACAGUUGGGCGCGGCCGGCGGUGGAGCUGCGUUUUGGUGACGUGUGUGACCUGGGCUGACCCGGACGAACCCAUGGUGGCUUCUUGACAGCAACAUUUCCCGGAUCAAGCCAACGAGAUGGUUAGAUACCUGACGCCGUUUGCAAAAAAGCACGACCUGCUUCGUGGAGAAUGCAUCUCCAAUUGCCCGUUGGUGAUUGAUGGCAAUGAUCUCAUGGCAUCACUUGAGAAAAGGAAAUAUGAUGAAACAGCAGGGGGAGGCAUCUACCAAAGUUAUGCCAGGAACGUGAAAACGUUCUUCUGCGAUUUGCAAAGAUCCGGAAUUUCUCCUGUUGUGCUGCUCCAUGACGAGCUACCCGUCAGACUGGGCAUAUCACGGGUGUCCGUGGAAUUCUUCUUGGAUUUCAUACAGGACCCAGACAAGGACCACGGCUUUCGACGCACUGAGGCUCUAACCAGUCAGCUGCUUUACAAAAACAUAUUUUUGCAGGUACUUCGGCGACUGGAGAUACCGCACAUCGUCUGUUUGAAUGAUGCAACCGCCGAGUUCACUGCGCUGGCCCGAAAACUGGACUGUCCAAUCAUGGGAAUUCAGAACAAGUACCUGACCCAGAACAUAAUCGCCGUCAAGAUACCACGGAAAAGGGCCGUGCUGCAGCUUCGUCGCCCGCCGCCGGGACAGAAGGGAUUCUACAUGCCCUGUGAGGUGUUCCAUCCGGAAAGGUUCCUGAGGAAGUUCGGCAUCUCUGUCGAGAUGCUGCCUCUCGUGUCGACGAUCCCGGGCACCGGUCCACAUCCGCCAGCCCUGUUCGACGCGUUCUUCGAGAAGCUUGAGGAGCAGUACCACUCUGUGGAGCAGAAGCAAUUCCGACGACUGGACCUGCUGAUGCGGUGGCUCUCCGACAAGGAUUCCAUUGAAACUGCCCUGAAAGAGGUGCUCUGCAGCUGCCAAAUUUCCGAGCAGAAAAAGUGGGACAUCGAAGACCAAAUUCACCGAAUCGUCAGCUGCCAAGAAAAAAGCAGUCUCGAGUUUCUCAGGGACGCCAGGACCAUGAUGCUGCCCAAAGGGAUGGUGCUGUGCGACAUAGCUGCUCCCGUGGCUCCUUCGGUCCUAUCUGGCUACACUCCAAGUUCAGCCCCCACUGACCCCACUCCAGUCCCCACUGGCCCCACUUCAGCCCCCACUGACCCCACUCCAGCCCCCUCUGACCCCAGUCCAGCCCCCAUUGGCCCCACUCCAGCCCCCACUGACCCCACUCCAGCCCCCUCCGACUUCAGCUCCACUACAGCCCCCACUGAUCCCACUCAAGCCCCCACUGACCCCAAUCAAGCCCCUUCUAUCCGACCCAUCCCUGACCACAGACCACCACUGUAUGACCCCACUCCACCCGCAGCCAAAACCCGUCCCGCCUGGGUCAAAUUUCCACAUCCGCCGGCACUGCGACAAGCGGCAGCUAGCGGUACCGUGCGCACCAGCUGUCUCAGAGCCGUGUACAAUGUGCCAAUACCAGUGUCACCGUUGGUGGAAGAUCACGGCCUUCCUUUUAGCCGCAUGGCAGCUGUGCCGCUGCAGGCGAGACUCUCGGCGCUGCUGGGAGCUCCGACCCAGCCGCUGGUGCUGCUUGGCGUCCAUAGGGGCGAGGAUCACCAGAUGCUGGCCAGCUGCACGUGGCGCGCGCCACUGCUGGAGCGCGUUCUGCUGGAAGGCGAGCAGAGCCGACUGCGAGCGGCGCUCAGCACGCUACAGCUGCGGCCGAACACGCUGGACGCGCUGCCAGAGCUGCUGCGGCUGCCGGCCGCCGCGCUGGUCGAGUGGCGGCGAGUCACGACCCCCCGCAGCGGGCGAGGUCAGGUGCGCGCCGUGCUGCUGACCCUGCUGGCGAUGACGCCGGCCGGCACGCCGCCCUCGGCGCUCGGCCUGAGCGCUUCAGCGGCCGCCGAGUGGCGAGCCCGAGCCUGGCCAUGGCGCUUUGCACAGCCUUCGCAAGGCCGGAUCGACUGGAAUGCGAUGCACCUUCAGAACGAGCUGCAGGACGUGUACCAGACGGUCCUGAGCGUGAACGAGGUGCUGGACCAGCCCCUGCAGCAGCUGGAUGUGAUCGAUACGAUCCACGUGCCGAUGACGAUGCUAUUCGGCUUUGCCAGCUACGGCUACGACCCCGAGCCUGGAGAAGAGGUGAUGAGCCUGGUCGACGCGGUGGCAGACACUGUCGAGGAGGAGGUCCGCUGGUGGCUGGACAACAGACGACAGGACAGCGGCAGCGCAGGUGUUCCUGCUUGGACGCCCCCACACAGUCGCCAAGGUCCCUCCAGCUCGGAGCACCCGGAUCUGGGGGCAGUCAGAGAGCUCACCGGCCUCAUCAACAAGCUGACCGGCGAGAACGCGCCGCGCCUGCUGGAGAAGAUGCGCCACGUCUCGGUACAAACCGAGUACGGACUGUACGCACUCGUCGAUGUUGUCUUCCGAGCUGUGCUGAAGACGCCGCGACUGAUCGACAUUUGCGCUGACGCAUGCGCAGUGCUUGACAAACUCCAGGUAAAGUCAGAUCGCAGAGACGGCACGGCCGUCAGCUUCGGCGACUUCAUGCUGACCCGGCUGUCGCGUGGCCUCGCGCCCGUCAACCGGAACACACUCUCGCGGGAAGACCUGCUGCAUCACCUGGAGACGGUGGACGACCCCGCGGAGCGCCUACGCCAGCUGCGGGAGCUGACAGACUGCUGGCGACAGGCCGAGAGGCGGCGCUGCGUCUGCCUGCUGCUGCUGGCAGCGCUCAUCCGCCGAAACUUGGUACAAGUCCGGGAUGCACAGAUCUGCUUUAGCGAGCUGGAGUUAGAGCUGAGGCCGAAAGGUAAAAAACUUCGCAGUGUGAAGCUGUUCGAUGACGACAACGGCCCGGAGAUGGACGCUGUGGAAGAAGCUGCCGAGGAGAUAAUCGAUCUCAUCUCACCUCCCGAAAAGUGUGAUAUGCCGCUCACCUACUGCCUCCAAAGGGCCUACGACCGAUUCGCUAUGAAUGACUCAAUAGAGGCUUUUCUGAAGUUGGUGGUUGGUGGUGGCGAGCUUGAGGCGAAUGAUGAAGCACGAAAGACGUCUCUCGGAAGUACGAAGGAGGAUAGUGCACCUGCGGAAGGAGAUGACCUGAGUCACGAGGCUGAGGGGCAAACCGUGAGGCCGUUCAAGGGGUAGUGCUAUCCGUGAUAACGGCAGUGUGAACACACAGAAGUGCCUAAAAUAUGCAUCACUGAGGAAGUGAACACUUAGACGAUAACGCUUCCCUACAGGCGAGAGAACUUAGUACGCAGCAGCUCCCGAGGCAUUUGCUAUGAGGGUGAAGUACUGCCUUAUGUGAUGCCAUGUGGUUCUUUUAAAAUGAAGCAUGAUAUGCUGGCUUGUGAGAUAAGAUGUGAUACGAGGCAAACUGAUACUCUCUGAAGAGUAAAACAGCGAAUGUUAUUAAAAAGUUCGAGCCAGAUGAAAGAUGGAACUGUGAAAAAAAUGAGAGCAGUGAAUGCUGGAGGGAGAGGAGACCUUGCGCUAUGCCAUUGCCUAAAAGAAGUUAUGAUUUGUUGUGAAGGAUGAGGAAUCAGGAAUCGUCUUCUGUCGCCUUGUUGAUGCUAGGCCAGUCAGCUGAAUUUGUCCUGGUUAUUAACACCAUUGUGUUUAAUUUGCGAAAUUUCAUUGCGAAUUAUUUAUAAGUGCGUAGUAGAUAGUACGAUGUAUAAAGGAAUCCCUUUUCUAUUUCGCCUAUGUAUAUGUGAAAAUGCUGAUAGUUGUGUCGAGGGUUAUGUUCGUCUUGUUGAGAGGUACGCCUAAUGAUAUAUUUUCCACACGAC